UUGGACAAGAUCACAACAAAUUUCUGUAUAAGUAAAAUAGAUCUACAAUAAUUUCAACUUGAAAUUCAAGAUGUGGAUUGAGUUUAUUAUAUUGUUAGCGGCCGCAGCCGUAUUAUUUUAUCGUUGGGCCACCAAAAAUAAUGAUUACUUUAAAAAACGUAAUUUACCCUAUGAUAAGCCAGCAUUUUUAUUGGGCAGUGGUAAGGAAACACUUUUCGGCACGAAAUCCGUUUUCAACAUAUUAUGUGAACUCUACAAUAGGCAAGAUGACGACGUUGUGUAUGGUGUAUAUGAUGGUCGUGCACCAAUUUAUCUAGUACGAGAUCCACAGCUAAUAAAGCAUGUUAUGAUUAAAGAUUUUGACCACUUUGUGAAUCGUCGUAAUUUCAUGGACACAGGAGGUAGUGAUAAUUUACUUAUAAAUUCUUUAUUUUUCAUGCAAAAUGAUAAAUGGCGCGAUAUGCGCAACACUUUAAGUCCAGCAUUUACUGGCAGUAAAAUGCGUCAAAUGUUUAAACUUAUUGUAUUGGAAAUAGAGGAGUCCAUGCAAUACCUUAAAGAUGAAAUAAAUAACAGUAAUGCGGAAGACAAGGGUUUGGAAGUGGAUAUCAAAGAUUUUACUUCACGUUUGACUGUCGAUAUUAUAGCAUCGACAGCAUUUGGUUUGGAAGUGAAUUCUUUUAAAAACCGGAAUAAUGAAUUCUAUACUAAAGCUCAAAAGGCAAUUAACUUUACGCCAAUGCAGCAAUUUAAAAUGUUUAUAAUGGAACUAUUACCAAAAGUAGCAAAGAUUUUCAAACUCAGUAUGUUCGAUAAAGUUUUCGUAAAUUACUUUAGGCGCUUGGUUUUAGAUGCCAUGAAGUAUAGAGUCGAACACAACAUUAAACGCCCCGAUAUGAUUAAUCUAUUGAUGGAAGCGAGAGGCGUUAUACCAACAGAUACACCCAAAAAUCAUUUUCGUGAAUGGUGUGAUCUUGAAGUUGUGUCGCAAUGCUUUUUGUUCUUUUUCGCAGGUAUGGAACCAUCAUCAGUCACUAUGAGUUUCAGUGUCCAUGAGCUUAUGGAAAAUCCCGACGUACAGGAAAAACUUUACGAAGAGAUACAGAAAUUUAGUGAAGAUUUAGAAGAUGAUUCCCUUACGUAUGAUAUUUUACAUAAAAUGCCCUAUAUGGACAUGGUGGUAUCGGAGAUCUUACGCAAAUGGCCGAUUACUUUAGUAACGGAUCGCGUGUGUAAUAAAGAUUUUGUUUAUGAAUCGCAAGGUAAAAGAUUAGAAAUCAAAAAAGGGGAAUCACUUCGUAUAGCAAUGUGUGGAAUACACAGAGAUCCCAAGUAUUAUCCGGAACCGGAUGUUCUAGAUCCUGAACGAUUCAGUGAUGAGAAUAAAUCGAAGCUUGAGAGUGGUGCAUAUUUACCGUUUGGUUUGGGUCCUAGAGUUUGUAUAGCUAAUCGUUUUGCUAUUAUGGAAAUUAAAGCUUUUCUCUUCUAUUUACUACGCGAUUACCGCUUAGAAGCAUCUCCGAAGACAAUGAUACCUUUAGAAUUAAAAAAAUCUGGAUUUCAAGUGGCACCUGAAAAUGGAUUUUGGGCACAAUUUAUACCACGAAAAUAAAUUUUAAUUUUUUCUGUGAUUUUUAAAAAUAAAAUAUCGUUCAGAUAAAUAUGAUAAGAAUAAAAUAAUAUAAA